AUGGCUAACAAUCGGUUCGGUUUAUUAUUCGAGGACGAUGAUGACAAGACCGUCGUACUUCCUCUACCCAAGAAGGUAUCCGUUGUGGCCGGAAAAAAGACAUCCGUGGAUCGUCCAUUUGUAGAAAACGUGAAGAAAACUGAAAUAGAGAAUAAGUCAGGAGUUCUGAACAAAAACAAUGCGGGACAAAAGGCAAAUGCCGGUGCCAGCAUUGUGAUGAAGCCACAACGCUCUGCAAGUUUAAGUGUCAACAGCAACACUUUGGCCGAAAACAAUUGGCCAGAUUACAACAAUGAGGUUGGCAAGCGUCCGGGCAAGGCAUAUUCAGCACGUUACCGCAAAAUGGAGAAAUGCGGUAGUCGCAAACGUGAGUUUGAUCGCCAGUCUGGAUCUAAUAAGACUGGCGUGAAGGCCGUGGAGAAACGCAAAGGCGGUGGGGCACAUAACUGGGGAUCUGUGAAGCAGGGCAUCGAUGAUCUCAAGCAGGUGGACAUGGACAAUGAGGACUCUGGCAAUGAGGAAGCUGUUGCCGAGCCUUUAAUCGAUGAUACACACAAGCAAAUGGGUCUCGAUGAGUGGAAGGCUCUCAAGGAGCAGCGUCCCAAGCCCAAUUACAAUCUGCGCAAAGCUGGCGAGGGCGAGAACAACGCGGAAUGGCGAAAGAUGAUUGCUUUGGCCAAAAAGAAACAGUUGAACGCUGGAAAGGAUUCUAUCAAGCUCAACGCCAGUCUUGGACGUAAAACUGCUGAAGAGAAAAUGCUCCAAGGUGGAGCAGAGUCUGUCGUUACUAAGGGCAAAAAGCGUCGCUCGAAGCUGGUGCCAUUGAAAGCCAUCUAG